AGUAUUUUUCAACAAGAGAGUAGUUUGCUAUGUAUCAAACCUUCUCCAUCAAAUGAUAGAGUGAGGGAAACAAACGAUGCUCUUGUAGGGUUCCUGAGUUCCGGGUUUUCUGGUAAGAUUGUAGUUGACGUAUUGUCUUGACUCCUUCGGUACUAAAACCUCUCAACUUUUCUUUGCUACUGGUUUCCCUCUACCUGUUAAGCUUUUCUGAUAUCAUAUGCUCCUCCAUAUAUUUGACCAUCGAUACCUCAUCUUUUCAUUUGAAUAACGUGUCAAACUUCCACUCUGUUCAUUCUACUUGUUUAGGGGGUGAGGGAAGGCUAUAAUAUCAUUUGUCUUUGAAGCCUAUCCAUAUUCUUUAUCACAUUUGAUUCUAUAUGUACCUACCCUCUCUCUGUCUCUCUCUCAUCCAACAUGUCAAAUGAUUGGUCACAUGGCGAGGUCCUAAAAGCCGUCUUCCCUCUCCUUGAUGGUUCCGACCUUGCAUCAUGCAUGUGCGUUUGCAAGCAAUGGAGGGACACAGCCAAAGAUGACUACCUAUGGCGUUGCCUAUGUGCCAAAAAGUGGCCCUCAAUUUGCAAGAAGCCCCAACCCCCCUCCACAACUUACCACCAUCUCUUCAGAACCUUCUCGAAACAAACUCGAAGCCGCCCUCUUCCCCCUCCUAAACUGACCUUCCAUGACUUAGAAUUUUUCAUUGACCUUUGGUCAAAUGACCAACUAGUCUUCUCGGAAGCCAUUGCAGGUCCCAUCCUCAGGCAAGGGAUAGAGGUCCCACCUCAAGGAAUAUGUGAGCCCAUGAGGUCCCACUUAGAGGGACCCACGUACAAAAUGGCCACAUCAGUGAAGUCUAGGUUUUCUAUGCUUGAUGGAGAUGAGGCUCGAGCAUCAGUGCUUGUGAGCCGUAAAGAUACUAAUAAGAUCGCUUGUAUUAUAGAGAAUUCUAGGUUUGAUUAUGUUGAUAGAACUGCUUUUAGAGCCUUGGCCUUUGACUACUUACAAUUCUCGCCUUUGUACCCGUUUGUGUCGGAGUCUAGGGCGUGGUUGUCUUUGCUUUUGGUGGAGUCUUGUGGAGGAAAGGUUGAUGUUUUCGGAAUUGAGAUGGACUUUUGUGACACUGCAAAUUCUGAGGAGGAGGUCUUGUGGUUGUUAGACAUGCUUGAAUGGAAGUGAGGGAAAUUGAGUAUGUUGGGCUUGUUCAUGUUAUUGGAAUAAGAACUGUGGGAUGGUUGUGCAGUGAAUUGGUCUCUUUCUCACACACACACACACACACACAUGCACACACUCUGUUUAUGUUAUUGGAAUAAGAACUCUGGAUGGUUGUCUCUCUCUCUCGCUCCCUGUAGGGUGGGGUCAAAUGUAGUGUUGUGGUGGGUCCCUCCUUUUCUUUUCAUUUUUUUAUUUACUGCCUUUGUACAGUUGAAACAUAAAGCAAUCAAGGACUUAUCUGUAUUUGUUCUGCUUAUCAGUUGCAUACGACUUGUGAUUCUGACUGACCAUUUGUUAUACAUGAUGUUCAUUGGUGUUA